UAAAGUACCUUUGGCUGGACGCCUUUCCGUGACAGCAACGGGAUACUUCACUCAUCAGUAAUCACGCUCGUCCUCGCCAACCGACGGGCGACGGCGAGGCGGAGGGCUGCUCUCGGGCGGCGCGAUGGUGACGCGAAAGAGAAGGCGUAGAUCCGGCGAGCACCCCCUGGUGAUCGACUAUCGGUCGCCGGAGGACGACGGUUGGUACCCUGUCCGGCUGCGGCUCAGCGGCCAGACAUUGACCUUGAGAUACGUCGGGUUCUCCUCCGAGUAUAACGAGUGGUUCUCUGGCACUUCGUUUCGGGCGUCUGGCGAGCUAGAGGCCUUCCAGCGGAGGUUUCGGCGGACGACCGUCCAGCUUCAGGACGGGCAGUGCAGGCAGGUCGCCGAGGGGAUGACGGUCUCCGCCCUGCACAGAAACAGCGAGGGCGACGUAACCUUCUACGAUGCCGUCGUGAAGAAGGUAUGCACUGCUGAGCACAAAGUUGUUGAUGGAGAAGAAGAAUGCUGUUGCACAUUCGUGUUGCUUUGGCAACACGGUCGUGCUGCUGGUUCAACAACUUGUGCCAAUGUAGGAGAUAUUUGCUUGUUGGAACAUGGAAAUGAACAAAUCCAUCCAUUGUUAGAUGCCUUUUUGCAUAUUUCACAGGAAAAACUUGACCAUGGGAUGCAGUCAUUGCAUUCGGACCCUGAAUGUGAUUUUUCAGAUAGAUCUCAGCCAAUCAAGGUUCCCAACGAUGCAGCUGAUAAGACGGCCUCACCUUGUGGUGCAGAUGUUCAGUUUUCAGUGAAAAUUACAGAAGAUGUUGAUGGGGGAAGUGGAAAGAUGUACGAAAGGGAAACAUUGACUAAGUGCUACUAUUUUAUAAUUGAAAAUCUGGAACGUGAUUUGACUGCAACAAGUAUCAUGGACUUCAUACAUUAUCAAACAUCAGUCCAAUGUAGUGCGGUUGUAUCACCUGUCGUAGCAACCGAAAAUUAUGCUAGAGGAGUUGUCAUUUUAGAAGGCGAAGAAUGUUUUAAAAAGGUAGCUGGUUUUCUAGAGGAUCCAAAUCACAUCAUUAUGUCUGUUAGUGGCAGGCCAUGGGUGAUAAUGGAGCAUAGAUCUGGAACACCGAACAUGAUAUAUGGCUCUCUAGGGCUAAAUGUGGAGGAGAGAAAUAUUCUGCAAAAAAGUGAAGAACUUCCUCAAAACUUGAAACUUGUUCAUAAGGGAACUCAGGAAUACAUCAUAGGCCUAAAACAAAAAGAUUUAUUUAUGGAGUUCCAGCAUCACCUUGAAGGCCUCCACAAGAGACUAGAGAAAAUUUUGUGCAGCCUUUCAUGUGGCAGAGGUUGAGAAUGAAGAGGAGAAGAUUAUAUCGAAGCCUACAUCAGUCGCCUGUUUUGCUGUAAAUGCAUCCUGGUAUCGUUUUUAUUCUUCACAUAAAGAGACUAAUGCAUACGAUACGAUUCUCUCAGGCUUCUUAGGGAAUGUGCUUGUUGGCCUCAAACGAUCAGUUGGUGCAUUAUUUCUUCAACAGCCGACAGCAUUCUUAUCCUCUCUUGAUUAGGUUUUCUGGGAUCUGGAACAGCAGUCAAGAAGCAGCGCUUUGCAUCUCUCUCUUUUUUUUCUUUGUUUUUUUGAGUGAGGGCUAAACAUGCACCAGUAAAGGUUCCUAGCCAAAGUGGUUAAAUUUCUCCAAACAGGUUUUGUAUUUCCUUGAAUGGUUUGGAAGGGAAACAACCUGGAUUAACAUGUGUAGUUGCUAAAGCAACUUGUGAAUGAUUGUGCAUUCUCAACUUGUAAUUUGCAAAGUAUCUAUUGUUUUUUUAUAUUGACUAA